AUGGUCACUACUGAAGAAUUCAGCUUCCCUACCACCACCACCGAUUUGUUCAGCUGUGGCAUCGAAUCGCCACCGUUAUGGAACGUUUCUCCAGCGGUGUCUCCCGUUCGAAAAGCCAAAGGUAAAGAAGGAGAACAUGAGAAUGAAGAGGAGAAGAUGGACAUGUUGUGGGAGGAUUUCAAUGAAGAAUUGGGAGGCGGAAGUAGAGAAAGGUCUUCGGAACAAAAUACGAAAUUAUGGAAAAUCAAUGGAGGCAUGUUUUCUUCAAGCACAAGAAGGGUAGGCAUUCGCGUUUUCAUGAAGGUUUUAAGAAAACUCUUUUUGCUCCAUAGUUCUCAGGUUCCCACAUGCCAAAUAUAA